AUGCGCGGCGAUUUCUUCAAGAAGCUGAAGAGCUUCGAUGCUUAUCCCAAGACCUUGGAGGAUUUUCGAGUCAGAACCGUCUCUGGCGCAGCAGUGUCCAUUAUCAGCGGCCUGAUUAUCACCUGGUUGUUCUUUUCUGAGCUCUCGUUCUAUCUCUCAACUGAUGUGCAACCCGAGCUCUUCGUGGAUACCUCGCGAGGAGAGAAGUUGAGGAUUAAUAUGGAUGUCACCUUCCCCGAUCUUCCCUGUGGAUACUUGAGCGUAGAUGCCAUGGACGUGUCUGGCGAGCACCAGCUCGAUGUAGAACACAACAUCUUCAAAAAGAGAUUAGCCGCCGACGGCCGCCCUCUUGGAAUCGAAAAAGGAGAACUCGAGGCUGCCGCUACGCCUUCGCCGGGCCAGGAGCUGGAGCCCAUCGAGUGCGGUUCGUGCUACGGCUCUGAGCAGGAGCCUGGCCAGUGCUGCAACACCUGUGCCGAGGUUCGAGAGUCCUAUCGCAAGAAGGGCUGGGCUUUCGCGCAUCCGGAGAGCAUCGAGCAGUGCGCUCGUGAGGGCUUCAGCGAGAACCUGGAGAAGCAGAAGGGUGAGGGCUGCCAGGUCUACGGCCACAUCCUCGUCAACAAGGUGGCGGGCAACUUCCACUUUGCUCCCGGCAAGUCGUUCCAGGCGCACCACAUGCACGUCCACGACCUGCAGCCUUUCCGGAUGUCCAGCUGGAACAUUUCCCACCGCAUCAACCGCAUCUCAUUCGGCAAGGAGUUCCCGGGCGUCAUCAACCCCCUUGACGGUGUCGAGAAGACCACUGAUCCCGGUGCUGGUUCGGCCAUGUACCAGUACUUCGUGAAGAUCGUGCCCACCAUCUACGAGUCCCUCGACGGCAACGUCAUCAACACGAACCAGUUCUCCGUCACUGAGCACACUCGCAUGCUGCCUCCUGGCGACAAGUCUGGACUGCCCGGUUUGUUCGUGAUGUACGACUUGUCGCCGAUCAUGGUCAAGUUCACGGAGCGGACCAAGUCGUUCGCGCAUUUCCUCACCGGCGUGUGCGCCAUCAUCGGUGGCGUGUUCACGGUGGCGGGCAUCAUCGACUCGCUGAUCUACAACUCCCUGCGAACCCUCGGCAAGAAGAUGGAGCUCGGCAAGGCCUACUAA